AUGCAGAACUCCCUGGAUUCUGUGUUGAAACUGAGCGAUUUUGCCCACUGUCACUCCGGGUCACAUGAUUUGCAAUUCACACUUUGGACGAGGCCAGGACUCCGACAGAAGCAUGAACUGACUAUUCUUGAAUUUGAUAUGUUCUUUAAUAUGUCCCUGGCAAAAUACAUACAUGGACGGCAUUAUGCACUGGAAACUGGAAACUAUGCAAUGCAGUUGAGCAACGACCGUGGGGACAUUGAAGAGUAG